AUGGAGGAAAAGUUGAUACAACCAGUCCAAGCAGCUGACCAUGCCUUAUCCCUGUGCAAAAUCUUUAAUGAAGUGAGAGUUUCAACAACCCGGGAGAUGUAUAUGAUUUCUAGAUGGCAAGCCCCAACACAUGGUUUUCUCAAGUUGAAUGUAGAUGGUGCGAUAUUUGCUGAUCUGAGGAGAGCUGGAGUUGGGGUUGUUCUACGGGAUAUGUGUGGGGUAAUUGUGAUGGUUGCCAGUAAACAUGAAGAGGAUGUUGAUGGGGCUGAAACUAUAGAGUCCAUUGCUGUGUUGAGAGGCUUACAACUAUGCCUUCCACUUGGAAUUCCUAAGUUAAUCCUUGAAUGUGACUGCAUGAAUGUGGUACGGGAAUUACAAUCCACAGAGGCAUCGAUGGCUAGUGCUGGUAACGUGAUUAAUGAUGCUAAGAUGCUAAUGGGGCGCUUCCAGGAGGUUCGUGUCCAACAUGUUAAUCGCAUUGGGAAUGGAGUUGCUCACUCUCUAGCUAGACAUGCUUGGAACAUUGUUGAUAUUAAUGUUUGGUGGGAGCAGAUCCCUUCUUUUAUUCGUAAUGCACUAUGGUUUGAUACCAAUUGA